AAACGUCGUACGCUUCUUUCCGUAAAUUUAAGUAGCCAUUGGUGGAUUGAGUUAGCCACAAAACAGUUAGAACGACAAAAUGAAGAUUGAAGAAGUUAAAAGCACGGUCAAAACCCAGCGUAUUGCCGCUCAUAGCCACGUGAAGGGGCUGGGUCUGGACGAGAAUGGUGUUCCGUUGCAGAUGGGUUCCGGUUUGGUCGGACAGAAAGAUUCCCGAGAAGCCGCCGGCGUUGUGGUGGAUCUAAUUAAGUCGAAGAAAAUGUCCGGCAGGGCACUGCUGCUUGCGGGACCACCGGGUACUGGUAAAACUGCGAUCGCUCUAGCGAUUGCACAGGAGCUGGGCAACAAGGUACCGUUCUGUCCGAUGGUCGGCUCGGAGGUGUUCAGUAACGAGAUAAAGAAAACAGAGGUACUAAUGGAGAACUUCCGCCGAUCGAUCGGGCUGCGUAUUCGUGAAACGAAAGAGGUGUACGAGGGCGAAGUGACCGAACUGACGCCGGUCGAAACGGAGAAUCCGAUGGGAGGAUACGGUAAAACUAUCAGCAAUGUAGUGAUCGGUUUAAAAACGGCCAAAGGAACAAAACAGCUUAAGCUGGAUCCCAGCAUUUACGAGACGCUGCAACGCGAAAAGGUCGAAGUAGGGGACGUGAUUUAUAUCGAAGCUAACAGCGGUGCUGUGAAACGGCAAGGCCGUAGCGACAAUUUUGCUACCGAGUUUGAUUUGGAAACGGAAGAGUACGUGCCAUUGCCCAAGGGUGAAGUACACAAGAAGAAAGAAGUCGUCCAGGAUGUGACGCUGCACGAUUUGGAUGCGGCGAAUGCACGGCCUCAGGGUGGACAAGAUGUCCUCUCGAUCGUAGGACAGAUGAUGAAACCAAAAAAGACAGAAAUCACGGAUAAGCUGCGUACGGAGAUCAACAAAAUCGUGAACAAGUACAUCGACCAGGGAAUAGCUGAACUGGUACCCGGUGUCCUGUUCAUCGAUGAGGUGCACAUGCUCGAUCUUGAAUGUUUCACAUAUUUACAUAAAUCUCUCGAAUCUGCCAUCGCGCCGAUCGUCAUCUUUGCCACUAAUCGCGGACGGUGCGUGAUUCGAGGUACAGAUGACAUAGUUUCGCCUCAUGGUAUUCCGCUGGAUCUACUGGAUCGCCUGUUGAUCGUUCGUACGGCCCCAUACAACAUGGGUGAGAUGGAACAGAUCAUACGGCUGCGGGCCCAAACGGAGGGACUGAACGUGGAGGAUGCAGCUAUUCAGGCGCUGAGUGAAAUCGGAUCCAACACGACACUCCGCUACGCAGUGCAGCUUCUUACACCGGCAAACCAGACGAGCAAAGUUAAUGGACGCACGCAGAUCACGAAAGACGACAUUAUGGAUGUGCAUUCGCUGUUUUUAGAUGCGAAACGUUCGGCAAAGUUCUUGCAGGAAGAAAACACUAAGUAUAUGUUGUAAGGAUCCUACGUGGGUCGAAUUGAUUUUAAAGGGUAUUCAUCUGCUGAUUU